UAGAUUGGCAAUGCUGAGUAGAAGUGAAUUGAAACAUGCAGAGGUACUGUGAUUUGUCAAACAUUUAAACGUAAUUUGUAGGUGUGAUAAUAUAAGGAUGAAGUAAAAAAAAUUUGAUCUACGAUGAUAUCACAAAAUAUGUGAUAAUUAUGCGUUUUAAGUUUGUAAGAACGUUAUUAGUGCUUGCACUACUAGCUAAUAUUAUUGUGUGGCAUAGAAUAUGGAGGUUAUUUUCAACGCAAAACACUUUGCGAUUGUUGACACCAACUACCGUCGUAACACCUGAUCCUCCGCAAAAACUUCAUCGGCGAUUAGCUCGAUUAGUAACUGUGGUUAUACGACAAUUUGAAACCUUUGAAAAUGAUGUAACAUCCACUGUAGAGUCUGUGUUAAGUCUUUUUCCUACUAUACCAAUUUUAAUAGUAAGCAAUGAAUUACCAUAUCCUCCACUGGAAUUGGACUUUGCAAAUGAAAGCAUGCAAAAUGUUAAACUAGUAAACUUGCAACCGGAAUUUAAUAAAUCUUACGAUGAAAGAAAUCCACUAUUUUAUAUACGCACAAAAUACGUUUUAUUUUUACCUGAUGGUAGUAGGCUUUCUACCAAGCAAAGCAUGGAAGAGACUGUAUCACAAACUACAAAAUUAGGUGCUGUAGGUGUACCAGUAGGAAGCAUAACUUUAAAUUGUGUCAAUAUAGAUUUAAAAGUAAAAGAAUGGAGCCUGAAGUUCUCGUACACAGUGGGCACUGAAUGUGAUGGAAUAAAUGGAAAACAUGCUACAAUGCUUGAGACAAAAUUAUUACGAAAAUUAACUGAUCCUUUCUUACUACCUUUUACGGAUGCAUUAUAUAUUCAAACAACUGCAUUAGGUGUAAAGAUUCAUAUGUUGUCAAAUUAUCAUUUCAACGAAGGAAAAUCAUCAUAUAAAGGUACGCAAUUCUUAUGGAAGGUACAACAGUUACAUCAAGAUCGUGAACGAACUAUGUUUGAAAAAUUGGGAAUUAAGAAGGUUACAAGAGCUUCCGAUUCUAUAGAAUGGUAUGGCUGUUCUAGAGAAAGUAGUAGAUGUUUUGGACCAGUCAUAAGUGGUAUUCCAUCUUAUCUUUAUCAAAAUCGGUUUACUCCACCUUGCUGCAUCUCAGGAUUGAGAAAAGUUGCUCAUCAUGUGUUUGAUAAAUUAGAAGAAGUUGGUAUCAGAUAUUGGUUAGAAAGUGGAUCUUUACUUGGUGCUAUGAGAAAUGGUGAUAUUUUACCAUGGGAUCAUGAAGUACAAAUAGGAGUAAAUCGUGAUGAUCUUGAGAGAUCAUCAUGGUUAAUUCAAGCCAUGGAUAAACCUGUUGUUGACAAUCAUGGUUUUGUCUGGAAAAAGGCAAUAGAAGGUGAAUUUUUUAAAGUACAGUAUUCAAAGGUAAACCAUUUAACUGUAAACAUACUUCCAUUUUAUGCAAAAAAUGGGUCUAUGCUUAGAGAUGCAUGGUUUUUAAACAAUAAAGAUUUUCCAGAGCAAUUUCUUCAUCCAAUGUCAAGUAUCGAAUUUGCUGGCAGACAAGUGCCAUGCCCAAAUAAUAUUAGGGAUUUUUUAGAAUUAAAAUAUUUCAGGGGUGUGAUAGAAAAUCCAGAACUCCCUGGUAAAAUUUCUUUUCAAGAGUUUCUUCAUUAAAAGUUAAUCUUGUAGUAAGUCAUAUAUGAAAUUGGGAAAGAAAUUUUUCCAAAAUACAUAAUUUAAAUUAUGUAAUCUAUAAUUAUCUCAUCUACAAAUAUAUUUAGGCUUUACAAUCUUUUUCCAUAAUUUUAAUCAUCCGAAUUAGUAUAUCCUAUGAAAAAAUUGUAUUGGGAAUACAUUAUAGCAUUUUCGAAUGAGAAAUAUUAUUUUCCGAUAUUGUAUAAGGUUACGCGAUUUUAUGCUAGAAUAAGAAUUAUUACUAAUUUGGCUAGAAAUUUAGUAUGAGAACAAAGAGAAGGUUCUAUAAAAUGUCCUUAAAAAUGUAGAUGUUAUAUAUUUUCUAACAUUUAUAAUAAAUAUAUAGGUACUUAAAUUUUAA